ACAGAAAUUGAUCCUGAUUGUACCAUACUGUCUGCCAACCACAUGCAUUGACCUUAUUGCUUCCAUACACCUUGUAAAGGUCACGACCUUGCGACCUGGACAAUCAACCACAACAUCCGCAUUUCAUCCUUCAUUUAAAUUCUCUGGCUCUGUGCUGGACAUUCUUUUUCUGUCACUGGCUGCCUAUGCCUGGGGAAAGAGGCAAGUUUCGGUGCUGAAAUUUGGUUUUAUUGUCAGAAUAUUGUGACAUCAUAAAAAUGUCCUAGUCUCUACCAUGGUUACCAGGAGUUCGAGUACAUGUAGCUAAGGGAAUAUUUUGGUUCGAACAGCAAUUCUUGCCAGCAUCAUACAACCCAUUGUCCCAAGGAGGGAUGUGACAAGUUUCGUUGACUGUAUUGCUGUACAUAAUACAGUUUAAGUUUUGGCUUCACCAUUUGUGACAUUUCCCAAUCUAAACAGGGAGUUUGAAAAGCCAGUGGAAUAUUUUGAUAAUAUCAGCAAUUCCUGCAUCAGCAGACCACCCACUGUUCAAGGAAAUAGGACCUAAACUCUGCCUGCCUGGGUUGUGGUUUCGACAAUAAUGAUGCGGUUUCACCAUCAGUGUGUAUGACUUGGAUCAACUUCAACAGCACUACAGAAGAGAUUAUAUCGUUUGGAAUCACCAAGAACACUUUGUCUAGGUUAAGUCUGUGAGUCAGACUCUAUCCAGCUGAAUACAUGUCUUGUCCCAGUCGACUUGACUUUUUGAAGAUCAGACACAGUUUUAACAUCGCAGCUCUUUUAAGUCUUGUUGUUUUUUAUGACGCUUUGAACCGAGUCAUUGUGUUUAUGAGCACUGUUUACUCUGUAAAAGUGUUUGAAGUAUUUGCUGAGGUGACGGUGAUUGCAGACAGUUCUUUAGGCAGAAAUAAACUUGGUUAAUCAUCAGGAAGGCUGCCCCACGAUGCUUGGCACUCGGAAGGUGAAAGUUUUGUAUGACUUUGACGGGGAAGCGGAUAACGGUGAGCUUAGCAUCAGAGAGAAUCAAGUCUUGACAAUCAUCAGACAGGACGUUGGAGAUGGAUGGUGGGAGGCGGAGACGUCCAACAAACAGAAAGGCUUGAUCCCUGAAGCCUAUGUAGAGGUGAUCCAAGAUGAUCCAUGGGACUCAGUUGGAGACCCACCACCACCCCCGCCACCUCCACCUCAAGAUAGUUUGGAUUUGCCGGCUUCGGAUGCAUGGAACAGGCCUGAUGAUGCUCCUCCACCUCCCCCUCCAGCCAUGUCGGUUGUCAGCUCAUCGGGCCUUCCACAUCAAGACAGCGUUGGGAACGAUGAAGAUUGGGACGAUGACGACUGGGAUGAACAUUCGACACCUGAUGGUUAUUAUGACGAGCAAGGAUCACCGGAGGACCAAGGCGUUAAUGGCUCGGGAAACUACGGUCUAUCUGCACCCAACCGGCAGUACAAAAGAAACAACGAAGCCUCCUUGAAGUCAACAGGAACAGUUAAGAAGAAUUUUACCAGUCGGUUUUCCAUUUUUGCCAAGUCUGGAGGUGAAGCAUAUCUUAUGGGAACAUCAACAAAGAAAGGCGUCUCUGCAAGUGUAGAAGUCAGAAUAGUGGAGAACAGUGAAGGCCCAGUGUGGGAGGAUCCAGGGAUGCCAGUGUCAGUCGAAAUCAAGAACCCAAAGAAAGAGAGCAAGAUGAAGGGAAUUAAAAGCUUCAUUGCUUACCAGAUAACACCAUCCGACACAGGCAUCCAAGUCAGUAGACGGUAUAAACACUUUGACUGGCUGUAUGAAAGACUAGCAGAUAAAUUCACAUUCGUAUGCAUACCCCCACUCCCAGAUAAACAGGUCACAGGUCGAUACGAGGAGUCCUUCAUUGAGAAGAGGAUGGAGCAACUACAAAGAUGGAUGAAUAGGAUGUGUGCUCAUCCCGUUAUCAGACAGGCAGACGUCUUCAGACAUUUCCUCUCAUGCACAGAUGACAAGAGAUGGAAACAAGGAAAGAGGAAAGCAGAAAAAGAUGAGCAAUGUGGAGCCGCUUUCCUUCAAGCCAUACUACCCCCAGAAAAACCACUUGAAAUAGCUGUGGUCGAGAAGCAGCAUGAUAAUUUUCACAAGUUUCAGAAGAGCAUGGAGACGAGUACAGCAAAUGCAGUCCAAAUCUACCAUGACUUCUCAAAGAAACACCUGGGACCCUUUAAGAGGGAAUACCAAAAAGUCGGUCAGGGCUUUACAGGCUUAGCGCAAUCAUUCGAGUUGGAUACCAGACCACGAUUGCUGGAUGAUGACAGGCCUCCACCAGUCUCCUUGAAGCUUACCGACGCUAUGAUGCACACAGGGAAGACGUACGAUGAGAUUGGUAACCUAUUUUCAGAGCAGCCGAAAUACGACGGCCAUCCUCUUGAAGACUUUCUUCGAGAAUACUCCGGGCUUCUAACCACAUUUCCUGACAUGAUCAACUUCCAUAAGCACACCAUCUCAACAGUGAAAGAUUGUCAGAAGCAGAGAGAAGACCAGAAGAUGGACUAUGAGGAGGCGGAGACUGUCAAGAGGAGGGCGGAUGUUGUGUCUUACGCAAUGAUGUCGGAAAUAAACCACUUUCACACAGAGAGGGUACAGGACUUCAAAGCCAUGAUGCAGGCUUACCUCGGUGCACAAAUCACCUUCUAUCAAACAAUCACCGGGAAACUACAAGAGGCCAUGGAAAAGUACAAUGAAAUAUAGCCAACCAUGUUUUAUCCCAAAAUGUAAUGGGCCCUGUCACGCGAGGCAACUUUUACAGGCAACUUGGAGGCAACCAACUGCAGUGUAUGCUGCCGGACUACUUCGACAGCACAUGAGUAACAACUUUCUAAAGGCAGUGGACACUAAUGGUAAUGUAAUUGUCAAAGACUAGCCUUGGUGUACAUGUAUCUCAACAA